CCCACUCUGGUCAGCACUGACAUUGGAGCUGUGAUCACUAAAGUCCAGAGGUUGUUUGAAGCUCCCACUGAUUAUAUUACAUUCAGCUCUAUCCAUGGUUGGUUAUCAGAGGCCAAAGCAGUGGCCAAUAGGAACGAGGUUCCUCCAAAGUGCCCUGACCAGUUGGUGAUAUCCUCAGAGCUCCUGAGGACCAUCAUUGGUCUGACAACCAUCCUAAUCUAUUGUGGGACACUGGAGAAAGGCAUCGCCGGCCCCUCACAGAUGACAUCAUCAACCAACUGUGUGGGGUAAUAGUUACGAAGAAGAAGAAGAAGAAGAAGAGGAGGAGGAGGAGGAGGAGGAGGAGGAGGAGAAGAAGAAGAAAAAAGCCAACUGACAUCUGGGGUGGGACCAAAUCCUUGAGAUGACAAACAUCCAUACCAACCUUCACCACUACGGUGGCACAGACAAGAUCUUGAAGGUUGCCACAACUUACAGAGCCACCAUGCUAACUAGCCACAUGGUUCACCUUGUGGUCGAAAAAAUUUCAACAACAAAGAAGUUGGUAAUAAUGCCAGGUCGCAGUUGUAAAUGAGAACUUGUUCUCAACUGGCUUACCUGGUUAAAUAAAGGUGGCACAGUCCAUUCCACCAGGCUUUGCCCCGGCACAGUCCAUUCCACCGCCAGGCUUUGGUGCUAAUGCCAUGCCAUGCUUUGGCCAACAAGUCAUCCUGAAACAAAUUGUCGUCCGAUUCCUGGAGAAGCUCUCUCCUCCUGCAUCAAACGGCAACAUCCUUCCCUUUGGCCAAGCAGCUCUGCACGCUGGUUCAGACAAUCGU